AGCCCCCCGACAGACGCGGACGACUCCCUCCCAACUCGCGGCCCUCUUGCCGACCCUCAACCUCGCCAAAAGCCCGCGGCCCAUGUCCCUGCCCCGCAGGGGAAGAGGGCCCCGCCUGGCCGGCUCCCGAGUGACGGGUACCGCCGGUCCGCGGGCUACAGCCCUCUCCCCGCAGCGGACCGGCCGCGGGGCCCAGGCGCUGAGCCAUGCGCAACGCCUCACCCGGCGGCGCCAUUCCUCCCAGCAGGUCCCGCCGGAGCCCGAGUCUCAGGCUGACUUCCGCUCGGGCAAGUGGCUCUUCGAGCGAGCCGGAGGGGACGCCAGGGACUCGCGGCAAGCUCUGUGUGCCGGGAUAGGCUCCAAACACAGGAUCUGUGGUCGCGAAGAUGUAGUGAUCCCUUGUGUUUCUGACAACGAUUCAGGAAGUGUGGAUUUGCAGCUGAGCAGCAUAGAGGAUAUUAGAAACCGCCCAAGUAGCGUUGAAAAUACAGAUUCAGACAUCUCCGACUUCCCUGGACUCCCUCCAGAGCCCCUCUCAGACAGCUUCAGUUCCAUGGCCUGUCCAGGACCCCUUGGUGAGAUCGUCAUUGACACGUUGAUCGACUCCAUUAAGGAGGGAUUUAAUGGUGACUUAAAGGAUGAACAUGAAAAGCUGGUAUUCCUAAGAUCUUUGUCUUCUCUCAGCCAAAAUUUACCCUAUGAUGAAACCACAGAGUCUUUCAUUAACAGCCACCUGGUGGACAUUGUGCAUGUCCUCAGUGUCCUGGUACAAGAGGAGUCCCUGCACACUCUAUUCAGCCCCGUGCGCCAAGAGAUCUUCGUCAUCAUAGCAGGCCUCAGCUACCUAGAUGUGCACCUGCUGUUUGGGUCUGAAGAUCGUGCUGACUUGUUCAGUCUGGUCACCCGAAGUCUCAUCACUCUGCCAUCCCUGAGCAUUCUGAGCCAGCCGGAGGAGGGCAUGCCAAGCAGACCCUACACCCCCGAGUAUCUCUACAGGCAGACGUUCCAGGCAUUCUUGGAGAUGCUCCAGAGUUUGGUGGUAAAAGACCCACAUUUGGAAAACCUUGAUGCCAUUGUUAAGCAGAUGGACCCGUGGUUACAGUCUGUUGUUGACCAUGAGAGGGAACGGGCCACAAUCAGCAUGUCUCAAGUUCUGAAGUGUUUGUCCAGACACCUCAACCUCAAGCUUCCACUGCAAUUCCAAAGACUUGGCCACCUGGUGGCCCUGAUGGCGCUGCUGUGUGGGGACUCGCUGAGGGAGGUGGCAGAGGAGGCGGCAGAGGGCACCCACUACCUGCUGCGAAUCACUCUGCGGCUGAAGUAUAUCACUCAUGACAAGAAAAAUCACCAAAGCUUGAGAAAUGCAUUGAAAAAAUGUCGACAGCUGCUGGAACUCUGUGGUAUUAAGCAGUUUUACAGCUGUCCCGUCAAAAUUGUCCAGAUCUUCGAAGUUUUUCUCAAUGCAAAUGAGCUUUGCCAGUUUGCCAUAACUACGUUGGACAGCCUGGGAAAUCAGAGCCAUCCUCACACCCAGGGGUCGGCAGUAGAAUUGUUGAUAACCUUGGUGAAAGAUGUUGAGUCCCAAACUGAAAAGGUGCCAGAAGUCGUGGGAGUUAUCUGUGCCAGGCUGUCCAUCAUCAACCAGCCUAGAUUGCGCCAGCAGAUCAUCCAUACUGUGAGUUUGUUCAUCUCCAGGCCCAAGUACACAGACACAAUGCUCAGCUACCUGCUGUGCCUCCCAGUACCAUACGACAGGCAUCUGGCUGAGCUGUGGAGGAGCCUGGAGGUAGAGCUGCCCAGCACCACCUGGCUACUGUGGAGGCUCCUGAAGAAGCUGCAGAAACACCACAGCAUGGCCCCACAGGAGAAGACAGCCUACGUGGCUGUUGCUGCAACAAAUGCCCUUUAUGAGCUGUUUGUUGGGAACAGGCUCCGGGCAGCUAUGUUCCGACUCUGUCCCCAGCUGCUCAUGACCUUGCUCGUCCAGAUUCACCAUAGCAUCGGCCUCACCAUGUCUGACAUCACUGUCUCCAGUGACCUGUACACAGAACAGGAAAUGCCUUCUGAAGUCACCCCUCUGUGUCUUGCCAUGCAGGCCACAAAGAUGCUGCUCCUCAGAACCCUGUGCUGGCAGGAAUUCUAUGCCAUGGAGAAGAGCCGAGGCUGGAGUCUUCUGGGUGGAAACGAUUGCCAUCUUCAGGGAGUGUUCCUCCUUGCCAACACAUUGCUGGAAAGAAAUCAAGACCUUGCACACAAAGUCAUGUACCUGUUAGUCCCUCUUCUCAACCGAGGGAACGAGAAGCACCAGCUCACUUCGGCAGGCGUUUUUGUGGAGGGAGGGGUUCGGCAGUCACUUGUGUGGCUGAGGUCUGGGUGCUUUCAGCUGCUCCAGAGUCCAGUGGUCAAGAGGCUGCCCAACAUCUACUCUGUGGUCCGCCUGAGAGACUGGCUGCUCUGCGGAAAUAAUCUCUUCAGAAUCCUUGCCCUGAGGGGGCUGCACCACCUUGUCAAACACCAGAAGAUGAAGGAAGACGUCAGUAGCCUGCUGCCACCCAUCAUGGACUGCUUGUGUGAGAGCGAUGGAAGGAUUGUUCUGCUGGCCAUGCAGCUUCUGCUACACUUUGUCGGGAUGGUGGAUCCCAGCACCUUGGCUUCCCUGAUGAAGACUGUGUUCUCCCUGUUUGGUGAUGUGCGCCCUGAUGUGCAUCGUGUCUCCAUGACCCUCUUUGGAGCCUCUGUAAAGGCCGUGAAACGUGCAGACAGGAAGGGCAUCGAGAACCAAAUCCUGGGCAGCCUGAUCCCACUGCUUCUGUAUUCUCAGGAUGACAUUGAUGCCAUAGCUGAGGAGAGCAAGCGAGUCCUCAGUAUCUGUGCCACAUUCCUCAAGUGGAAGCUGCCCCGAGCAGUAUCCUGCAAAGACCCCUGGUACAUCAGACCUGUUCAAGUGGGGACCAUCUGCAAGUUCUUUGGAAAAAAAUGCAAGGGGAAAAUUAACAUCCUUGCUCAAACAUUGACGUACACCAAGAAUGCCAAACUUCCCAUCAGAAGAACAGCAGUCUUGUUUGUAGGGCUCUUUUCAAAGUAUGUGGACAGCAAUGAGUUCAAGAUGCAGGGCACUGAAUGGAUAGAGGAUGAUCUGAGAAGUCUGCUGCAUGACCCCGAGCCCUCUCUGCGCGUGAUCGCCUCCCGGGCUCUGUUCCGAGUCCAGAGGGUGAGGAUCCAGCCCGAGGCCGAGCAGACCAUUUGUUGGCUGAGGAAGCACCUUUGCUGUCUUUCUGCCUAGGAGUGCGAGGCAGGCCACAUCAGGUAGUAUUAUCUCCAUUUUGUAGAUGAAGAAGCUGUGGAAUCUAGCAUCAAACUGACUUGCCCAAGGUCACACAACGAGAAGACAGCCUCACUAGGAUCCAAAGCCAAGUCCGUAGCUCCCAGCCCACAUAUUUACUGGUCUGCUCUGUUCUUCUCCAGUGAGUUCUAGCGAGAUGGCCUCUGCAGUGAGCCUCACUUGGGGCCUCAUGAUCUGACCAAGAUUGGAAAGUGAUAACGCACUUCAAAUAGCUCAUUCAAUGCAAAGUUUAAGCGCUACUUAUCUACAAGUUAUUGGUGUACUUCAGCAUUGAAAUAGGGUGAUACACAUCCUACACUAUCCAGUGGUGUUAAAGCAAAGAGUAGUGGUUAUUCUUCACGAAUGCUGUUGGAGUCUUUGGGAUCGUAAGAGCUGAAUGAAUCCUUGUCUGUUAGCUUAUGUUUGUAGAUCCCUUUCCCCCUAGGAAGAUUGUUACUUUUACCUGAUUUAUUUAUUUAUUCCAUUCUAUUUGUACUUUUUCUGUUAAAAUUCUCAGACACAUCCUAUAAGGAGCCAGGUCUGUUCUUUACUGAGUGCCUCAGCAGUUGGGAUGGGCUAACAAAGUACUCCACAACAAUUCGAGUAACAAGUUCAUUUAGGAAAUAACUCUGUUACAUGUGUACAAGACCCCCCUUGAUGACUGGCUAAUUUUCAUGAAAUUUUUAAACUUCCAGACAUGAAAUUUUGUUUUAUUGAAAUAAAACUUCAAUAUAA